GGUCAGCGGGGCAAUGCGGCACCGGGGAGCAGGGCAGGGUAGAGCAGAGCAGGGUAGAGCAGGGCAGGGCACAGCGGAGCAGGGCAGAGCUCCACGCUGUGCUCUCGGCUCCGGGCGGACGCUGCGAUCCCCUCCGGGCCGUAAUGACCGAGCGGAUGGAGCGGGGCGGUGUGUGGAGGAAGGGGAGGAGGAGGAGGAGGAGACGGGGCGGGGGUUGCGGGUACAUGUCGUGGCGAAUCGGGCGCUGCGGAACAACAGCCGCAUGACGCUGCAGGAGGAAAGUGCGGAGGCAGGAAGCGGAAUGUCACAGAAGCAGCUGAAAGAAGCGUUCGUCAGUCACCUGAACGGGACCAACCUGCUGGAGCUCUCCGCGGGCACCCCCCUGGCCCCGCUGUGCGUGCUGUGCCGUGGGCUGCUCCUGGUGCUGUACUGUCAGCGCUAUGGCAGCACGUUCCGCUCCGGGCCGGCCGCGCUGCUGCUGGACGUGGCGGUGCUGGUGUCCCCGCUGCUGUUGUCCUGCACGGUGCUGCCCCAUGCGCUGCUCGUGGCUCCUGCCGUCCUCGCGGCCUUAUGUGCAGGAAUAUACGUUACAAUACACCGCCAAAGGCAGCGGGACAGCACGGUGCCUCUCAGGCAAAUAGUCAGAUCCUUUCAGAACACGCGCCUGGAUCCAGGCUGUAUUCCAGCAAUCACAGUGUUCCGUGUGUAUGUCAAUGUGUUGACUUGCAUCAGCAUCUUAGCGGUGGAUUUCCCGCAGUUUCCACGCCGAUACGCCAAAGCUGAGACCUAUGGGACGGGAAUAAUGGAUCUGGGGGUUGGAGCUUUCAUCUUCAGUAACGCUCUGGUUUGUCCUGAGGUCAGACAGGAGGCGGCUGGGACACGGCCCAGAUUCUCCAGUCUGGCCAAGCAGCUUUUUGCCAUUUGGCCGUUGGUUGUUCUUGGCUUUGGACGACUCGUUAGUGUUAAAUCCAUCGGGUACCAUGAGCACGUUUCAGAGUAUGGCGUGCACUGGAAUUUUUUCUUUACUUUAGCACUUGUGAGGCUGGUGGCAUCUCUGCUCUUAGCUGUAUUUCCAAUAAAUAAAUCCUGGAUUGUGGCUGUGACUGUCGCUGUACUUUAUCAGCUCACUCUUAACGUUACCUCUUUGAAGACAUUUAUCUUGCACGGCAGCAAUGGCGAAGAUACCAGAACAGGCUUUUUGAACGCCAACAGGGAAGGGCUGCUGUCCAUCUUUGGGUACCUGGCCAUAUACAUGGCAAGUGUGCAGGUGGGGCUGUACGUGCUGAAGCGCAGAGACUCAGUCAAAGACUGGAUGGGAGCCGCAUGCCUCCUGCUGCUGGCAGCUCUUGUGCUCUUCGUGUUUCUCCACAUAUCCCAAACCCACACAGACCCCGUGUCCCGCCGCAUGGCCAACCUGUCCUACUGCUUGUGGGUCAUCGCUUCCUGCCUCACCUUCUUCGUCAGCUUCGUGGUGGUUGAUCUCGUGCUGCUGUUCACAAAGCUUCUAGUGAAGGGCUCCGCUGUGCCCUCAUGCUGGCGUGCUGUGAAGGCUCCAGGCAGUAAGGAGCAGCAGGCAGAGGCUGUGCAUGUCUGUCUGAUCGCUGCCAUUAAUAAAAAUCAGUUACUGUUUUUCUUAUUAGCGAAUGUAAUGACUGGUGUUGUGAAUAUCACAAUUGAUACCAUCCACAGCAGGGCCGCAUUGACAUUAUGUAUACUGCACUUGUAUAUGUUUCUUAACUGUUUCAUUAUGUAUAUAUUGCACACCAAAAAUAUAGUAUUAAAAUUCUGGUGAUUCCA